AUGAAGAACAGCAACAGUACUAUUGUCACUGAAUUUAUUUUACUAGCAUUUAAAGAUUUUCCUCAGUUUUCUCAAAUUUUGCUUUUCAUCGCCUGCUUUUUUAUUUAUAUUACUUGUAUUGUUGGGAAUAUAAUAAUAUUUUUGCUUAUUCAUUUUGAUUUCAAUCUUAAUGCUCCGAUGUACUAUUUUAUUAGCAGAUUUUCCAUUUUGGAAAUUGUAUUUGUUUCUAUCAUUGUCCCCAAACUGUUAGAUAUUCUUAUUGCAGGUAGAAACAGGAUCAGUUUUGAGGCCUGCUUCCUGCAGUUAUAUUGCGCUGAUACUACAGGUAUAGUGGAAUGUUACCUUCUCACUGUCAUGGUUUUCGAUAGACAUUUUGCCAUCACAAGCCCAUUCCAAUAUGAGAUUAUAAUGACUCAAUGGUAUAUCAAACUUGCUAUAUUUCCAUGGCUUGUUGGUUUGGGUGGAGCUUUCAUACCCACCAUCUUCACAGCAUCUUUAAAAUUUUGUGGUCCCAACGUGAUUGACCAUUUCUUCUGUGACCUGGCUCCUUUACAAAAUUUGGCAUGUUCUGAUCCCUAUGUCAGUAAUCUUGUGACCAGCAUAACCGCCAUCUUUGUGGUUCUUCUUCCCUUCAUCGUCAUCAUUGGGUUCUAUACUCACAUCAUAGUUACAGUCCUAAAGAUUAAGAGCGUAGAAGGUAAACGUAAAGCCUUCUCCACCUGCUCCUCUCACCUUAUCGUAGCCAGCCUUUACUUUUGUACAGGUAUCAUUGUAUAUGUCCAACCAAGUGACAGCCAACAUGACAAAUUUCUUGCUUUUAUAUACACAAUUGUGACUCCAUUGUUAAAUCCAUUUAUUUAUACUUUUAGAAACCGAGAAGUGAAAUUAGCAUUUGCCAAAUUGUUAAUUAAUGUAAAAUCAUUGAUCAAAAAUAAGAUGAAAAAAAGUAUUUAA